GUCUUCCCUCCCUCCUCAUUUCGCACCUCUGCCCUGUACAGCGACGCGAUAUACGCGUCAAAACACUGAACUCACGUUCCCGACCUACUGUGCACUCUCAAUCGCGCUUUUGACAAAGGGACGGUUGUCGUUAGAAACCGUCAAACGACAACACCUCAGGGUCCUGCUGUGUGACAUUACCCUUUUUGAACAAAGGCUCACCGUUGGCCACAACCUCCGACAUGGUCCACCAAUUUAAAGCGUCGCAGAUGUCGCGUUCGGGUGACCCCCCGUGCGCCUCUUCUUCGCCACACUUUCACUGGCCUCAUCCGCAGACUGCAACAUCAUCUCCUCCGAUGGCAUACAACACGCCUCGAUCUCACAAACAACUUGUGCAUGCGUUCACUAUGGAGGAGACGAAACAAACCAAUGACAAGAAUAUGACGGCCUGGAAGCACGAAAUCAACAAGAAAAUUGUGGUCAUGCCCAUGGCUGUUGAAGACUUCCUCGAACGAUAUGUACCUAGUCGCGCCAACCCGCCCCCGGCCCAAGUCGCUGCCAGUGGUCCCCUACCCAACGUUCCUGUGGGUCAGCCGGAGUUAGGGAUGUAUGGCCCUCUGUGCGCUGUGCUCAAGGAAUUGGUCAAAGGCUUCCCCAAUGACAAGCGCCUGUGCUUCGCAAACAACGCCCACAAGCCGAUCAAGUUCCCGUACGGUAAAUACGAGCAGGAUCACCACGCCACCAAGCCGGAUGUCAUCGCUUCUCUUCCCGGAAAGACGUUCACGGGGAAAGAUCCUGGUCGCUGGCGCAAUAUUUCUCUUAUUUUCGAGGCGAAGAGUACAGAAAGUGGUGAUCCCAUGCGAUACCACUCCAACGCCAACGAGGAGACUUUAGUACAGCUAUCCAAGAGUGCUCGGAACAUUCUCUUCGCUCAGAGCCGACUGUUCACGUUCGGCAUCGGGAUCUACGGGGCUAUGGCGCGCAUAUAUCGCUUCGAUCACGCUGGAGCCGUCUGCUCGCAGGAGUUCGAGUAUUCAGCCGCAAACGGCGCAGUUCUACGCGACUUCUUGUGGCGUUUCGUCAAUCCAAUCUCAGAUGGGUGCGACAUCGUUGGGGCUGAUCCGACGGUGCGGCUCGCUACGUCGGAUGAGCGAAUGACGGUGGAGAAGCAGCUGCUUGCGGGAGGAAUCAUGCACGACAACGAGACGUCGAAGGCAUGCCGUUGGAUUACCGUCAAAGGGUCGGAAAACAAGAAGAGCAAGAGGUACCUUCUCUACGAGCUGGUCUUUGUGAAUCCGCGACUCUUCUCUCGCGCCACGACAGUGUGGAAGGCGCUGGAGGUCGACGAGAACGGCUGGCCAACGAACCUGUCGCGUGAUGCGGAGAAUCGGCCUCAUGGAGUUCAAGUCAUCAUCAAGGAUUCGUGGCGGCAGCUGGCGCGCAAGCCCGAGCCAGAAUACUACAAGCAAAUCUAUGGCCACAUAGCCUCGCAACUGUCGCAACCUGACCUCGUGAAGGAAGCAUCAGAAGAAGAUAUCAAGGGAGCGGUCAUGAAGGCAUGGGGCAAGACAUGGCCGGGGUUGGCUGAGUACCUGAUCGGCGAUGAUCUUGGUGCAAAUGACCUCGAAGUAGACGAAGAGGAACGGACAGGUCAGCAGACGUGCUCGGGCGAGCAUCUGGCCAGGGGCCUCCAUCGUCUGUUCGAACGCAGUCACACGCGCAUGGUUUCGAAAUCUAUCGGCACUCCCCUCUCUGCAUUUCAGCGUACGAAGGAGAUGAUACAGGCUCUGCGCGACGCGAUCUUCGGUACGUGUAUCUGUUUUUGGGUGCACACUGUGUAUUUACCUUAUUAUGAUCUCAGGGCAUAG